AUUAAUUAUCAUGGUAACAGAUCAACCUACUAUCAUUGUUGGUGUCUUGGCCUUACAAGGAGCCUUUAUCGAACAUAUACAUAUGCUUCAAAACAUUCCAUCAGUAAAACAAGUUCUUGCCGUAAGAACUGAAGAACAACUCAACAGUGUAGAUUGUCUUGUUAUUCCAGGAGGUGAAUCUACAGCCAUGGCAUUGAUUGCAGAACGGUGCAAUUUACUUGAACCUCUACGUACAUUUGUGCGUAACAAACCAACUUGGGGUACUUGUGCAGGUAUGAUUAUGCUUGCCGAUGAAGCAACUGGAGCGAAAAAGGGUGGACAACAAUUAUUAGGUGGAUUAUCUAUUUGUGUCAAUCGCAAUCAAUUUGGUACACAAAAGGACUCUUUCGAAACCAUGCUCCAUUUCCCUACUAUUCUUGGCGAAAACCAACCUUUCCAUGCUGUGUUUAUUCGUGCGCCUAUUAUCACUGCCGUCAAGUCGGAUGAUGUGGAAAUCUUAUCUCGUUUGGAAUCCAAGGUCGGACAAACUGAUGCUGAAACUAUUGUGGCGGUUCGUCAAGGUCAUCUUAUGGCAACAGCUUUCCAUCCUGAAUUAACUCGUGAUAAUAGACUCCAUCAAUACUUUGUACACCUCGCUCUUCAACACAAGAAAUGAAGAAAAUCAAGAUUCUUUUUUUUUUUUUUUGACAUUUAUCCUAUUUUUAUAUAUAUAUCACUUUUCCCUAUAUAUUUUUUUAAUAGCAGUUAGACGAUAUCAUUAUUACGAUUCUAGAUUAGACAUUUUGUAGAUACAAAAACAUUACUUUUUCCUCUCUUUUAUUAUCUUUAUUAAACUGAAAUAAUAAAAAAAAAAAUUAACAAC